UGUCCGCCGCCAAUCCACCGCUCUGCAUUUUUACCAGAACCGACAGUUGGAAUUGUAUGCUUUUAAGGCAGCUUGUAUUCUUCGGUCGUUCAAUGGACGAAGAGCGACUCCUCAAGAGCGCCAAUUACGUUCGUACUGAGCUCCCCGUUCGCAUUGCACAUAGAAUACGAGACCUACAAGCAUUGCCUUAUGUUGUUGUAACUCAGGAAGGUGUUGCAAAGGUGUACGAGUUGUAUUGGUCUGCUUUUGAAAAAUUCCGCCGCUACCCACCAAUCAAUAAUAUGGCUGAUAAUCAAUCUUUCUGUCAAUUCUUGGGUAACAUAUUGGGCGAACAUGCUACUGUAAUUCCUAGUUUAUCUCUUGGGCUUUCUCUUUCAUCCCCCCACCUCCCACCAGACUCACUUGAUUCCUUCAUGAGUCGCAUGCUAGUUUCCCGCAUAUCAAGGCGGGUACUUGCCGAACACCAUAUCGCUCUGUCCAAAUCCCUCGAGGUCACCAGUACCGGCUCACAGGCGGGGCCUCGUGUAGGCAUAAUUUAUACUGGUCUCAACCUCAAGCGUAGCAUCGAUAGAUGCGCCAAAUUGCUGAGAGAGCGGCCGUACGACAUCGAGGAUGACAAUGGUGAAAACGUUCCGAAUAGAGGCUGGCCCGAGGUUGUAGUCGAUGGUCAUGUGGACACUAAAUUCGCGUAUAUCCGCGAACAUCUUGAAUACAUAAUCUUUGAACUCUUGAAAAACGCAAUGCGGGCAACUUGUUUAAACCAUCGGCAUAGUUCUAUCCUUCCUUCAAUACGUGCAACAAUUGUUGCGGGCGAGAAUGAUGUGGGCCUUCGGAUAUCAGACCAAGGUGGAGGUUUGGUGAAGACGCAGAUAUCUGCGCCUUCUGACUUGUUCUCAUUCUCGCAUGUACGCAAUGCCACUCGGAUGGACGACACUAGGCUUGGGGCUCUUCGGUCAGCAAGUUCCAGAGGUGUCAAGGCAACUGUAGCAGAACAAGUUGGACAUUGGCAUAACAUAGCGCCAGAUGAUACUUUUAUCGCAGAUCAGCUGAGCGACAAGGAUCCCGAGAGAGAAGCAGGUAUUGCCCCACAUCCAAGGAUUGGAUUGGGCCUUCCAAUGAGCAACAUCUUUACGACUUAUUUUGGAGGAUCGUUAGAACUCGUAUCUUUAGAUGGGUGGGGAACUGAUGUUUACCUUCGUUUACCGAAGCUGGGUACAAACCUGGAGGGUAUCGAACUAUAAUGUCGUCUACUUCUGUAUGACCUGUGGUGAAACAUGAUAUGAUACCAUCAUCAUAACAGUGCUAGU